AUGCAGGUAAAAGUAGCUGUCGUCACAGGCGGCGCAGAUGGAUUCGGAGCUACCAUAACAGAUCGUUUCCACCAGGAGGGCUAUCAGGUAAUCAUCAUCGACAUCAAUAAGGAGAAAGGAGAACAGAAAGCUUCUGUCGGACCAAAUAUACACUUCCUUUUCGGAGACGUGACUCAGCAAGAUACAUGGGAACAAGCAUUGGCGCUUGCCCGAGACAUGUUCGGUCGCCUGGAUAUUGUUGUCAAUAAUGCCGGGAUCACUGGAGCCCAGAGCCCCGUUCAUACGAAAGACAUGGCCGAGUAUGAACGUACCUUCAACGUGAAUGUUAGGCCGAUUUUUUGCAGUGCCCGAUCUAUUGUUCCAUUUAUGAUGGAACAGGGAAAUGGUGUUUUCGUGAAUAUUACGAGUACCGGCUGUACACGCCCCCGCCCAGGGUUCGCCUUUUACAAUGCAUCGAAGGCAGCAGUCGCGACCAAAACAAUGGCUUUAGAGUAUGCUCCCACUGUCCGAUUCAAUUGCAUCGCGCCAGCAGUCGGCAAUACAUCUAUGCUUCAAGCAAGUAUUGGCAGUGGGGCGGACUCCCAGGAACGGCUGCAAAAGAUCGAGGAUUUACUGCCGAUGAAACGAGUUGCUCAGCCAAUGGACAUUGCGAAUGCUGUGUGGUAUCUGGCCACAGACCAGAGCUCGUUCGUUACUGGUACUACCUUGGAGGUAGAUGGAGGACGUGGGAUAUAG